CAAUUUUCACGCUGUCAAUGCCAAUUACCUCCUCUUCUUCUUUAGGUUCCCCUCUUCUCUCUCCUCUUAUAUCUUUCUCUCUCUUCUCUCAUUCAAUUAGCAGCAAUGGCGAAGAAGAAGAUGCUCAAUAAUAGGAGAAAGAAGAGAGAUGAUUUUAGCCAAAUUGAUCACAUACCUAAGUAUUCUCACAAACCCAGAAGCCCCAAUGGACACAGACGUCGCACUGACUACUCUCUCUUCUUCUCUCAAGAGUCCUCCAGCAACAAAAGGAUAUUAUCUGGUGUAAGCGUAGCAAUUUCGGAAGAAUCAAAGGACAUGAGAAGUGAAGUUCUUGAUCAAUGCUGCAAGUUCCAUCUCAAAAGGCAAGAGUCUGCUGCAGUUCCUGUCAGAGAAGUUGAAUUACUUGCCCAAGAUUCACUUUUGGAACCUUGUGCUAACAGAGAGCAAUGAUCUAUGCGGAACUCCAGGAAGUGUAGCAGGGGCAAAAAAUGCUCACCAGUUGUGGCGGCCUGCUGAA